AUGCCAUCUAGUGAGGAGCUUGGAGUUAAUAAUGUACAUCGCGGAAUAGUAUCCAUAACAAGGCCUUCGUCGACGGAAGCCUCGUCUACCCAUGACGACGAUGCCCCGGUUGAAAUGGAGAAUCCGUUCAAGAAAGAAAGGCGGCAGUGUAUUUUGUGCAAACUUAAUAUCACUCCAGACUACAAAAAUUAUAGGCUUUUGUCCCAAUUUCAGUCUCCGUACACCGGCCGUAUCUACGGUCGGCACAUCACAGGUCUUUGUAAAUCUAAACAGGAACAGGUUGAAGCAGAAAUAAAAAAGGCCCAAAAUUGUGCUUACAUGCCAUAUUACUACAAGGACAAAACAUUUUUAAAGGACCCCAAGUUGUUUGAACCAGAAAACCCUAUCCGGUCACAUAGAUUCUAAUGCAAUUAUAAGGAUUAUAUUGUUUUUGAAAGGGCAAAAAUAAAAAAAAAUAUACUGUUGUAAGUAUCUAGUGGUAGUUAAAUGUACAAAUGUGAAAUUUAGUUCUAAAUAAAAGUUAAAUAAAUUAAA